AUGGAUCCGCAGAUCGUUAACAAGAUAUCUGAGGAACCUGAUUCGAAACGCUCGAAGUUGGAUGACGAGGAGGAAAAAUGCGAGGAGAUGCCCUCUUCGUCUAGCGACGACUCCACAGAUUACGAUUCGGAUGAUGUUCGAAUGUACGACGAAGAAUUCAAAAGACAUGGGGCGUACGAUUUUGACUGCUCGAGAGUAGGCCGCAUUGUGGGUUAUCGCCCUGUCAUAUUCGAGGAAAGCGACUUUGCUGACGAACCGGAAACAGACGGAGAAUUGAUCAAUCGAUUAUCGAAGACGGCUCUUGAUAAAUACAAUACUGAUAAGGGAAACAAUCUUGAAUUUGUGAAAGCAGUGAAGUCUAAUUGGAGUAUUGGAGGGGGACACAUUUUCUCAAUCACAUUCGAGGCCAAGGAUGCUUCUCAAAGUGAGCCUAUACCUUUCCACGCUCAGGUUCCAGAGUUUUUUAGGUAUUAUCUCGCGCGAGGUUCUCUCCGAUCUGACUCUUCUUCCCGGAUCUCUUCUUCAUUGCUACUUGCAAUGGUUGUCGAUAGCUCUGUUUCCCUGUCUCCUCGCCGGAGGCAGGUUCUGUUGCGGGAUCAGGUUCAGCUUAUUAAAAGAAAGGACUAUGGAAGAUAUGGGAUAGUUCCGGUCGAGGAUCCGUUGUCUUUUGAAAAAGGUUUUUACCCUGCGGUUAUUCGUGCUUGCCAAUCCUUGGCUCGGAAGAACGAUGGGCUCACUUUGGUCGGAUUAGCUGGUCGGUCCUUCUGGAGCCCUGGAAAGACAAUCUUCACAACUUCAUGCUAUCAUAAACAUGGGCACAGCUGCAGUGACGGUACUCGUCUGUGUGGUCGAUGGAAAGACCCACUGUUGACCGGCUAUGAUACCCUUCUUGACAAUAAACAUGGAACUUCUUCUCCGUGCUCGGCAUCGCCACUAAGUGAAUCUCCUCAUCUCCGAGCUGACGGAUCCGUCGACUAUAAAAGCAAACCCGCCGUCAGAUCUUCCUCCGGGGGCUGGAGAUCCGCCGGAUUCAUCAUCGGCAAUCCCAAAUCGGUAGUCAGAGAUAAGAACGGUUCAACAGCGACUGAUGAAAUGGUUACAACUUGGAGACGGAAAAGUAGUGAUUCCUCAAGCUCUCGAAGCUCUGUGAAAGAAGAUAAUGCAACGUCUGUAAAAUCUGCAAACUCGUCACCGUCUUCUCUGUCAAAUUAUGCUCGCGAGGAAAGAAAGCACGCUGAGAAAGAAGAUGAUAGAAGUGAUAGCAGUGAAAGAGAGGAUGACCAUGUGACAGCACUUGAUGAUGAAGAGGCAGUGGCUGUCCAAGAGCAAGUAAGACAGAUUAAGGCCCAAGAGGAGGAGUUUGAAACCCUUGACCUCAAAAUUGUGCAAAGAAAAAACAGGACUGGUUUCGAAGAGGAAAAGAACUUCCACGUGGUGUUGAACUCGGUCAUUGCUGGGCGUUACCAUGUCACCGAGUAUCUUGGAUCAGCAGCUUUCAGUAAAGCCAUACAGGCGCAUGACUUGCAGACAGGAAUGGACGUUUGUAUCAAAAUCAUAAAGAACAACAAAGACUUCUUCGACCAGAGUCUUGACGAGAUAAAACUUUUGAAGCUUGUCAACAAGCAUGACCCUGCUGACAAAUUUAAUCAUCCUCUCCGGUUGUAUGAUUACUUCUACUACCGGGAGGACUUGCUAAUUGUAUGUGAACUUCUCAAGGCCAAUCUAUACGAAUUCCACAAGUUUACCAGAGAACCAGGUGGUGAAGUUCAUUUCACAAUGCCAAGAUUACAGGCUCUUUUCCAGAAUGACAGUUUGCUAAUCAACGAAAUCAGCUCAUCAGGUGGGAAGAAAUCUGCUGGAGGAAUCUGGGUUUCAGGGAGUCAGGGAAUAGCAGAGGAUGCAUCAGAUCUUGUCUCUGGCUUUGCUACCAUAGGUGAUGGUUUGAGUGAGUCUGUUGACUACCGUAAUGAAUAUUGGGACUCUGACGAGUAUGAGGAUGACGACGACAUUGGUUAUGUCAGACAACCUAAUGAGGAUGAGACAUGGUCUCUUACCCACGAAAUUGAUAAUCCAAGUGAUCAGCAUGAAAGAGAUGCAACCAAAGACGAGGAUGAUCAGUCCUAUGCAGAGGAGGCUUCUUAUUUAUCUGGCGAACAGUAUCUGCAAGCAGAAGAUGCUGAACCUAUUUCUUCAGAAAACGACCGAAGACUUACAGUCUCAGAAAUCUAUCCAGCUAGCAAGAAAAAGGAUUUGAUAUGCCAAUAUGAUGGGCAGUUGAUGGAUGAGGAAGUGCUCAAUUCAAUGCGUGAGGAGCCUGCUUGGCAAGGGUUUGAACAGCUUUACUCUGAGUCAGAUAAGAAACACACUGAUGGAUCAAACGAGAAAGCAAGUAGAAAUGAUGAUUCAGGCGGAUUUUUCCAUGUGAAGACUCAAACUGAUGGAGGUUUUUCGUUUGGCUCCUCGCAAAAAGAUAGGCAGUUGAUGCAUGCAGAAUCUAGUAAAUCAUUGUGGUCAGGCACUCCCAAGUCGGUAGUCAGAGAUAAGAACGCUUCAACAGCUACUGAUGAAAUGUUUACAACUUGGAGACGGAAAAGUAGUGAUUCCUCAAGCUCUCAAAGCUCUGUGAAAGAAGAUAAUGCAACGUCUGUAAAAUCUGCAAACUCGUCACCGUCUUCUCUGUCAAAUUAUGCUCGCGGGGAAAGAAAGCACGCUGAGAAAGAAGAUGAUAGAAGUGAUAGCAGUGAAAGAGAAGAUGACCAUGUGACAGCACUUGAUGAUGAAGAGGCAGUGGCUGUCCAAGAGCAAGUAAGACAGAUUAAGGCCCAAGAGGAGGAGUAUGAGGAUGACGACGACAUUGGUUAUGUCAGACAACCUACUGAGGAUGAAGCAUGGUCUCUUGCCCACGAAAUUGAUAAUCACUCAGAGAAGAACCUCUUGUCCAGAGGGUUUCUGACCAGUAUUCUCCUAUCUUUCUGCAAAGUUGUUUCUGCUGAGACCAUGAGGAAUGAACCAGUUUGUGAGACUCAACCAGUGUAUGCGACUUGCUAUGAGCAACUGAUGGUGUAUUCUGCGGUUAUUGUUGGGAUUGCUGGUUGCCUUUUAUUAAUCUGGAAAUUCUGUAUGGCUGGCGAUGUAAACCAAGUUCCAGCCGUAAAAAAGAAGAGGAGGAAUACAAACAAGAGCAAAACUAAGAAGAAGAAUGAUCUUGAAGCUAAUGGAGAAGUGAAACAAGACUUUGGAGAUGUGUUUGCCAAAUUUCUGGAGAAACAUAAUCUACAAGUUAAGGACGAUCUGGAUGUUCAGCAGGAAGUACUGCCAUGGACAAGUGAUGAGGAGGAAGUACUGUCACCGUUAAUUGAUGAGGCUAGGGUUUAUGAGUUUAGGGUUUAUCGUGGUGUCUACAACCAGAGGGAAGUUGCUUUGAAAUGCUAUCCUGCUACUGAUCUGCAUUUUGAAAUCAUGGCUAAUGAGUUGGCAAAGACGUACAAAGCAGAUUACCAGGCAAACAUACUCCAUUGCUAUGGUAUUCAGCAGUGUGAAGGAAGUGAUGUUUUUUGUCUCCUUCUACAGCCUUGGGAGUGCAGCUUAGAUGAGCUAGUGGAAUACUUCAAGGAGUCGAAGAAAAAACUGAGUGUGGAGAAGCAAACGUUUUUUGACAGUUUUGCCUAUAACAAGUUCUGGGAAUCAGCUACCCAUUCUAAACCUUAUCAUCCCACACCUCUCCUUAUAAGCCUCCUCAAAGGUAUCAUUAAGGGUGUUAGUCAGUUGCACUCCCACGGAAUUGUGCACAGGGACUUGCACCCUGGAAAUAUCCUAAUAACAUAUGAAGGGAAGAAGACUCUGACUGCGAGAAUUGGGGGUAUGAGUAGAAGCGUCUAUGUUAGUGAAAGGGAGUUGUUAACUGAUAGUGAUGAGGAGGAGCUUACAUCUUUGAAGAUUGAUCAAGCUAAUAAGAGGUGGCAUCCACCAGGUGUUGUGACCAGAAAGAAAAUCUUAUUCAGAUGUGAAAACGAUAUGUACUCGGUGGGAUGCAUAUUAAUCUAUGCGAUAUCUCGUACAGUUCCUCCAGACAAUAAGAAAGCUGCAUGUGAUCUUGUCGACUUUGUUCCAGAAGCAUAUCAUUUGGUUAAGGGGUUGAUGAAGAAUAGUCAUAUAAAACGUUUUAAAGCAGGGAAAGCCUGUGGCCAUCCUUUUUUCUGGAAAAAGGACAAGAAGAUGCGUUUCUUUGAGAUUGCUAGUAACAGAGUCGACUCUGAUACAAAAGCUGACCUACAGUCGGUGAUGACGUUUAGUUUGAGCAACACUUUGAAAGGGAAAACCAACGUUACUAAUUGGAAAUUAUGGCUAGAGCCGGAUUUAAUAACCCACAUGAACAAGCAAAAAGCGAAUUACCAAGGCUGGCAGUUUUUGGACUUAGUGAGGCUCAUGCGGAACACUUCCCAACACUUACAAGAGCUUCCCCCAUCUUUGCAAAUAUUUUCUCAAACAGAGCUUUGGGAACACUUCGAUAUGAAGUUCCCACCUCUCCUAAUAGAAGUUUAUAAAGUGGUGGAGAAACUGGUCGAAGGAGACAACCACGAAAAAGCAGUCAAAUUUGGAACCUUCUUCGAAGAGUAA